GUCUCCCUACCCCCUCUACGGCAGGUCUCGCGCACCCCACCAACCCCGUCUACGGAUGGGAGAAGAUCUCUGGGAAUGCAGUCCAUUCUAAAUCCCCCCUCAGAUUUAAUCGAGCAGCGGGGCCAGCGGCGAAGUGCAGCUCAGAUGGAAUCACCUUCCCCAAUGGAGUCAACACCUGCAGGCAGUCUACCUUCUCUCAGUCGACCGACUAGUGUAGAUUCGACCCAGGAGGACCACGGUUUAGGAAGGCCGUAUCCAGGCGUUGGAAGAGCCGCGAGGCACAUUCUGAGCCCAAGAUCUCCAACACUACAUCGGACUCAGAGUCUGGGAGUGCUCAAUCCGCCUACUGGAACGAUUGAUGCUCAUCAUACGCCGUUCCUCUCACCAGGCACACGCGCGUACAUGGUCCAGCCAGGAACUUCGGGGGUACCGCCACUACCAACUCCACCGGCUGCUCAUCGUGCUGAGUACAACUUCCCACCCCCAGCGCCCACACCACCACUACAAAGAGCAGAUCUACGACGACGAAGCAUGGGAUUCCCACAGUCAGGGAGUGCAAGCCCAACUACGUCAUUUUCACCAUUUAGCCAGCCAGCUCAACUAACAGGGAAUCCGUAUGAGCAGGGUGGUCCGGCGCAAUCCUCGUACAUUAGGAUGAGAAGUGACACGCCUUCUUCGCAGCAGUACAGCAACCCCCCACUCUCUGUGGAAUCAGAACGAAAUUACAUUCCUGUGGCGUCUACUGGCCAAAGCAGCUAUCAAAUACUAACUGUAAAUACUCAGGAGGGGCACUCAAUCCAAAUCCCGGUCGAUGUGUCGGCAGCCUCUAAGUCAGCGGAUGAAAAGAGGAAGAGGAACGCAGGAGCUUCGGCCCGAUUUCGCCAGCGCCGAAAAGAGAAGGAGAAGGAGGCCUCCUCCACUAUCGCCAAGUUGGAACAGCAGUUGCGCGAGGCAAACGAAGACCUAGACUACUACAAGGCAGAGCGGGACUACUUCCGCAAUGUCAUCGGCCAGCAGCCGGGAGCUGGUGUACAUUUCCCUCGGCCUACGUCUCCACGCAUUGGCCGAACCCCGAUUCCAUCAAGCGUUGCGGCGUCUUCUGCCACAGACUCGCCGAACCGGUAUUCUGAGUUUUCCGAGCCGCCAGAGCAUCGAGAUGUUGGGCGAAAUGUACGCAGGCGCACAAGCACCUACGUACCAGCACCCGCUCCAGCACCA